AUGGAGCUUUGCGUCAAUAGGUUCUUUGCGUGGAAACUGUUAGUUGCUGCGGCUGUUUUCAAUAUUGCAGCCAAUGGUUUGACAAUGAGUGAUGCCGAGCUAAAACAACGGACACUCAUGGCUAUUGAAACACUAUUGCAAAAUAAUAAUCGAAGUUUGAAGAACUUCAAGACAAUGCCAUAUCCGAAAGAUUAUGUCGAAUCCUUUACAGGAAAUCGACUCCUUUAUGAUGAACGGCAAUAUGAUGUUCUUGCUCAACAACAACUUUUUGAAAGUCUCUACGCUUCUCUUACAGCAACACUUAGGUCUAAGAAAAAAAUUGUUUUGCCGGUUGCUUCAAGUGGGAUUGCAAGUUUGUUGUUACCAGGUGGUAGAACAACUCAUUCUAGAUUUAAGAUUCCUGUCCCUACUUUAGAAAAUUCUAUAUGUAACAUUGAAAAACAAGAUGAUCUUGCUGAGCUUCUAAAGAUGACAGAUAUAAUCAUAUGGGAUGAGGCUCCUAUGGCUAACAAGUUUUGCUUUGAAUCACUCGACAAAUCCUUGAGAGAUAUUAUGAGUGGAAUCAGAAAUGCAUCUAAAAGAGUUUUUGGAGGAAAGGUUGUUGUGUUUGGAGGUGACUUCAGACAAAUUCUCCCUGUUAUACCAAGAGGUACUAGAUCUGAUAUUAUCCAUGCAACAAUCAAUGCGUCUUACAUAUGGGAUCAUUGUAAAGUCUUGAGGCUUACAAAGAACAUGCGCUUACAAACUGGUCAGCCUACUUCUACAGCUGAUGACAUAAGGAGUUUUUCUGAGUGGAUUUUAAAAAUUGGAGAUGGGACCAUGUGCGAGCCAAAUGAUGGCUAUGCUGAUAUUUGUAUUCCAAAUGAGUUCUUAAUUUCCAACUUUUCAGAUCCGAUUAAGGGAAUUGUUGAAGAUACGUAUCCUGAUCUCAUUCAUAACUAUCUUGAUUCCAAUUAUCUUCAAAGUCGUGCUAUCUUAGCUUCAACAAUUGAAGUAGUUGAUGAUAUCAACCAGUAUAUAACAAACCUUCUUCCAGGAGUAGAGAAAGAAUACUUUAGCAGUGAUUCUAUUGAUAAAUCUGAUGCAAAUAGCUUUGAUGCAUAUGAGCACGUGACACCCGAGUUCCUAAAUGCUCUUAAGACUUCGGGAUUGCCUAACCAUUCAAUAAAGUUAAAAGUUGGGGCCACUAUUAUGUUAAUGCGCAACCUAGACCAAUCUGAAGGUUUGUGCAAUGGUACAAGGCUAACUGUUACCAGGCUUGCUGCUCAUGUCAUUGAAGCUAAGAUCAUUUCUGGAAAAAAUGUUGGUAACUUAUUUUAUAUUCCUAGAAUGUCUUUGUCCCCUUCACAAUCACCAUGGCCAUUUAAACUUGUGAGACGCCAAUUUCCAAUUAUUGUUUCCUUUGCCAUGACUAUUAACAAGUCUCAAGGCCAAUCACUUGACAAUGUUGGUUUGUACUUGCCAAAAGAAGUUUUUAGUCAUGGACAAUUAUACGUGGCUAUCUCAAGAGUCAAAUCCAAAAAGGGAUUAAGGAUUCUUAUUCAUGACAAAGAUAAAGAACCUAUGCUCUCUACCACCAAUGUUGUAUUCAAAGAAGUGUUCCAUAACAUUUGA